ACCCGCUAAGGAGGUUUUGGCCCACGGUGCGACCGACGUGUCUAGUUAUUGAAUUCACAACCACCACAGACAGGAGUACUGCAAACGCAACAAUGGUCCCUCAUCUCGAGCUACUUACACCACGAGCCUGAACCACGACAGACCAACCUGACGAGAGAAUUGUCCGGCAGAAUGCUCGCCAGGGCGUUGCCGCGCUUGCUGACCGUCAUCCUUCCCUUGAUCGUCCUCUUCUACCUCCUUUCCAGAACAUCAAACCCCCCAGUGCCUACAGACUCGAGCGACUCGACUCUACCCUCGUCCAGAUGGCAAUGGAUCAAAUCUUCCAACAAUGUGACGGAGAAACCAAAGCCAUUACCGAGCACGGGCCAGGUCGUACCGCCGUCUCAUCUCGUCACCAUCGAUGACCAUGGCGAAAUUGUCAUCGAUCAUUCCGCCUACACCGUCCUCGUGUCGAAUUCGACCAAGAGCGGGAAAUAUUUCAACAUCAAAUAUGGCAAGUUCGAUGCAUACAACCCCAAUAUUGUCGCUCACCCGACCCGACAUGACGCAUGGAUCGUCGUCGCGCAGCAAGAGCAGAGUCGUGAACAAUACCACACCAUCACUCAACUGGUAUGCGCCGCUCGAUUUGUUGGCGAAGAGCUCACUUGUGUGGCGGAGCCGACGAAAUUGCCCAUCGAAAACACCGAGGGCCAUUGCACAGGAGACUUGGAAUACUUCAACUACGGCCUUGGUCCACGCGAUGCUCGCGCUUUUCAAGGACCUGACGCUCCAUACAUUCUGUACGGAUCUCAAGCAACCUAUACCUGCCUAGGGGUGUGGAUGCAGGACCUACGCCUCUUAGUCAAAGACUACAAGACCCAGUCGGUCCUGGCCAAGACAUUUCGUCAAGGCACCGAAGUCCAGCGCCCGCCACCAGUCCAUGGUCUCGAGAAGAACUUUUUCAUCUUCUGGGACAUGCACGGCGAGAUGUACGUCCAUUAUGACAUUUACCCGCAACGGACUUUCGCCAAAUUGAAUAUGGACGGGUCCGUUGGGCCUGAUUUGGCCCCGCUUGCCGCAAAGAAGGAUGCCAUCUCUCUCAGCAAAUACAUGCCCAAAUUGCCGCCCGAACACGCCGCCAUUCACCAGGCUAGCAACACCAUCUCCAUCACCAUGUGCAAGCGUGCGGAUCCAACGUGUAAGCCCACCGAGAAAAACACCUUUAUCAUGACCAUAUUCCAGUAUAAAUCCUUUUUCGAUUUCCAUGGCGUCUAUGAGCCGUAUGUUAUGCUCUUCCAACAACAUCUUCCUUUUGCAAUCCACGCCAUUUCCUCCAAACCCUUUUGGAUCACUGGACGAGCCCCUUUUUCAAAGGCAACCGGCUCGAUCACGUGGUUAGAUAGGAACGAUCUGCCCGAGAACCACUCUGAGAUGAUCUAUGUGACGAGCAUCAGUUGGAAAACUCACGGUCAGAGGUAUCAUGGAUAUCUCGACGACAUUAUGUUUGUCGGUUUUGGCAUUGAAGACACUAGACCGGCUGCAAUUGACAUUGUUGCAGAGGACUUGCUGAAAGAUCUCAAUUACUGCUGAUACAGGACCACGGUAUCCCCAGAAUGAUGGAAUAAUGAAGGUGUGGUGGAUUUGGGCAUGGACAAACUCGACGAGGCUUGUCCAUUCAGUGCUAGGUUCAAAGCAUGGGAGCCCCGCCAAUGACGCUGGGUAGAUGGAGUUUGGAAGUCAUGUACACACGACAUUAGAGAAUGCUAGGAUUAUGAACAGGUAAAAGUAACAUGAGUACUUCCC